AUCCCCUCGAAGCUAGCGGAAUACACUUGGAAAUGUACGCUUUUACCGAAUGUCUGAUAAGCCCCCUGAUAUACGGGCCUGCUUUAUUGGCCUUUGGUGCUUACUUCCUCAGGGCAUACAUGCAGGGCGGUCAGUUCACCAGGAGAACUGAUGAGACGGGAAAAGUUGUGAUUGUCACCGGAUGCAAUACGGGAAUCGGCAAGGAGACCGUGAUGGAGCUGGCUCGACGUGGUGCCACUGUUUAUAUGGCCUGCCGCGAUAUGAAAAAGUGCGAGCAAGCGCGACAGGAAAUACUUGAGAAGACAAAAAAUCGUAACAUCUUCUCCCGAGAAUUAGAUUUGUGCUCCCUGGAUUCCGUGCGAAGAUUCGCUGCUAAUUUCAAGAAGGAGAACAAGCAACUGCACAUACUGAUUAAUAAUGCCGGCGUCAUGGAUUGUCCCAAAUUGUUGACGAAGGACGGAUUUGAGAUGCAGAUCGGGGUCAAUCAUAUGGGGCACUUUCUACUUACCAAUCUGCUUAUUGAUGUCCUGAGGAGCUCUGCCCCCAGUCGAAUCGUAAUCCUAUCCAGCCUGGCCCAUAGAUUCGGCUCAAUCAAUAUGGUUGAUCUGAACAGCGAGAAUUCCUAUGACCGGAGCAGAGCCUAUUGCCAGAGCAAACUGGCCAAUAUUCUAUUCACGCGGGAGUUGGCUAAGCGCUUGGAUGGCAGUGGAGUGACGGUGAAUGCCUUGCAUCCCGGUGUUGUCAACACGGAGCUCUUCCGAAACUGGCGACUCUUUCAAACGGAGUUUGGAAAGUAUUUGCUCAAACCGCUAUUUUGGCCCUUUGUUAAGUCUCCGAAGAGUGGAGCACAGACAUCGCUGUAUGCAGCUCUUGAUCCAAACUUGAAUCACAUCACAGGCCAGUACUUUAGCGACUGCAAGCCCAAGAAAGUCGGAUCCGCAGCCCUCGAUGAUAAAACUGCAAAAUUUCUCUGGACAGAGAGCGAAAAGUGGACCGGUUUAAAUGGUUCAACGAUUUAA